CUCAGAUUCCGGUCAAUGGAUCUCAACUAACCGCUUGCAUUUAUAGCCGCGACAACCUCGUUCUUGAACUGUUCAGACUCCGAUCUGUCUCGCGAGCCGCAAUGGAGAUCGAACGCGCCGGCGACGAGGACGACGCGUCUCCGGUGGAGCAGGUCCGGCUGACGGUGCCGGUGACUGACGACCACUCGCUGCCGGUAUGGACGUUCCGGAUGUGGACGAUGGGCUUCCUCUCCUGCGCCCUCCUCUCCUUCCUCAACCAGUUCUUCGCCUACCGCGCCGAGCCCAUCAUCAUAAGCCAGAUCACCAUCCAGGUGGCGGCGCUGCCGAUCGGGCACUUCUUGUCGCGGGUGCUGCCGGAGAAGAAGUUCAGGGUGUUCGGGCGGGAGUGCUCGGUGAACCCGGGGCCCUUCAACGUGAAGGAGCACGUGCUGAUCUCCAUCUUCGCCAACGCCGGAGCCUCCUUCGGCGGCGGCAACGCCUACGCCAUCGGCAUCGUCACCAUCAUCAAGGCCUUCUACAAGCGCAACAUCUCCUUCGUCACCAGCCUGCUCCUCGUCAUCACGACCCAGGUGCUGGGGUACGGCUGGGCAGGGCUGAUGAGGAAGUACGUGGUGGAGCCGGCGCACAUGUGGUGGCCGACGAGCCUGGUGCAGGUUUCUCUCAUGAGGGCGAUGCACGAGAAGGAGAAGCGGCGGAUGACGCGGGGCAAGUUCUUCCUGAUCGCGCUCAUCUGCAGCUUCGCGUGGUACACGGUGCCGGGGUACCUGUUCCCGACGCUGACGGCCGUGUCGUGGGUGUGCUGGGUGUUCCCCAAGUCCAUCACCAUGCAGCAGAUCGGGUCCGGCCUCAACGGGCUCGGCAUCGGCGCCUUCACCCUCGACUGGGCCACGGUGGUCUCCUGGCUGGGGAGCCCGCUGGUGACGCCCUUCUUCGCCACCGCCAACGUCCUCGUCGGCUACGUCCUGCUCAUCUACCUCAUGCUGCCCAUCGCCUACUGGGUGAUCAACCUCUACAGCGCCAGCAGCUACCCGCUCUUCUCCAACGAGCUCUUCGACGCCCACGGCCAGCUCUACGACAUCCACUCCAUCGUCAACGACAAGUUCGAGAUCGACAUGGACGCCUACGCGCGGCAGGGCAGGAUCCACCUCAGCCUCUUCUUCGCCGUCAGCUACGGCCUCGGCUUCGCCACCAUCGCCGCCACCUUCACCCACGUCGCAUGCUUCUACGGCAAGGAGAUGUACCAGAGGUUCCGGGAGUCGUACAAGGGCAAGAUGGACGUGCACGCGAGGCUCAUGAAGAGGUACGACGACAUACCGAACUGGUGGUUCUACAUCCUGCUCGCGGUGUCCAUGGCGGUAUCCUUGGUCCUCUGCACCGUGUUCAAGGAGGAGGUGCAGCUGCCGUGGUGGGGCCUCCUCAUUGCCUGCGCCAUAGCCUUCGUCUUCACGCUCCCCAUUAGCGUCAUCACCGCGACCACAAACACGACGCCGGGGUUGAAUAUCAUCACGGAGUAUUGCUGGGGUCUGAUCAUGCCGGGGAAGCCCAUCGCCAACGUGUGCUUCAAGGUGUACGGCUACAUGAGCAUGAACCAGGCCGUCUCCUUCCUCACCGACUUCAAGCUCGGCCACUACAUGAAGAUCCCCCCAAGAUCCAUGUUCCUGGUGCAGUUCGUGGGGACGGUGGUGGCGUCGACGGUGAACACGGUGGUGGCGUGGUGGCUGCUGACCACCGUGCCGCACAUCUGCGAGAAGGGCCAGCUCCCGGAGGGCAGCCCGUGGACGUGCCCGGGCGACCACGUCUUCUUCGACGCGUCCGUGAUCUGGGGCCUCGUCGGCCCGCGCCGCAUCUUCGGGCCGCUCGGCUACUACUCGGCGCUCAACUGGUUCUUCCUCAUCGGGCUAGCCGGGCCGGUGGUGGUGUGGCUCUUCGCCAAGGCGCUGCCGCGGCACGCCGGCUGGAUCAGCCUCAUCAACCUGCCCGUCAUCCUGGGGGGCACGGCCAUGAUGCCGCCGGCGUCGGCGCUCAACUACACGGCGUGGGGCUUCGUCGGCUUUGUGUUCAACUUUUUCGUGUUCCGGUACCGCAAGGGGUGGUGGAAGCGGUACAACUACGUGCUGUCGGCGGCCAUGGACGGCGGCGUGGCCAUCAUGGGGGUGCUCCUCUACUUCGCGCUCACCAGCUGGGGCCACCAGCUCGACUGGUGGGGCUCCAGGGGCGAGUACUGCGACCUCGCCGCCUGCCCCACCGCCAAGGGCGUGCUGGUGGACGGAUGCCCCGUCCUCUGAGACCGAGGGUUCAAGUCUUGAUCGACACAUGAAGCAUGCACCUAGCUUAGCUCUAGUAUAACGUGUAGAAUUAUAGAUUGUGUGUGCUGCUCUUUGUCAAUUGGAAAAUUAGAUUAUGUAGCUAUCAGAAUCAGACCGUUCAUUUCUUAGGUAUUAGAGCUGCGGUUUGUUUGAUGGGAGUGGAUGCCCGUCUGGUUUAAUAUUGUGUAAAGAUUGGAAAAUUAGCCUUGUUUCAUGAGACAAAAACCCUUGAGCCAA